CCAAACCACAAAGAUUUCCAAUUGUAUCUAUUUUAUUAACUAAGGCCUAGAUAUUUUUGCCCCCCCUAACGUGUUAAUGCCUAACUGAUUUAGAAGCCUAAGUCUCACUUUCAAAAGUGACCUAAGCACUUAGGAUACAAAGAGAUUUAGUGCCUAAAAGUUACUUUUGAAAAUGAGACUUAGGCUCCUAGGUCAGUUAGAUGUUGAAAUGCUGAAUGGAGCAAUGAGUAAAUACCUUUUAAAAAAAAAAUCUAGGCCCAACUAUUUAAGCAAAAACAUAAAAUAAAGUAGAGAUAAACAAAUUCAAUUAGAACAAAGUGGGUUAAUAUAAAAUCAGUCAGGGUAAUAAAAUCAAGUCAUUAUCAGAUUGAAUAAACUGUUUCAAAUAAAUCAUUGAUUUUUGAUAAGCUCUCUGUAAUGAUUUGACAUGGUAGCAGUCUUAUUUAGCUAUCAGAUCCCAAAGUAAUAAGGCUAUUGUCAAUCUGGAUGCCGAGUGAUAUAUUUGUUUCAGGUGAUCCAGGGAGGGACCUAUCACUCCCAAGUUGAAGCUGAUGUUGAGACUGGCAGCUCUGAUGACAAUUAAGACAGUGUGCUCAAAUUAUUUGUGGUUAGGUAAUAGAAAUCUGUCCAUUCCCCAGCAGAGGGUUAGUUACAUGAAACGUUCCAGCACAAGUCAAGAUGACCACAGCUUGUUACAUUUUAAUGUUCAAAUGUCAAAUUUAGGUAAAAACAUAAUUUUUGAGGAUUAGACCUACAAGUCUGGACCCAUGAAAUGUGUGCAAGAGAUCUUUUAGACAGUGAGGUUGUUCAACUGAGUACUGUUUAGAUAUUUGAGGAGCUAUUCUAUAGGCACCAUUUUUGAAUUCUAUGGACUCAGUCCCCACGCUCUCCUGUGCAUGCGCAGUGCACACUACCAGCCAUCUGCUGAAGGUAACAAAAAAGCGUCUUAAAUGACUUGAGUCCCCCAUUAAAAGAAGUAUUUUCCUGUUUGAAAGUGAAUUUUUCUGUUUCUGUAGAAAGUGUUUCACUCUGGUGUCAGAUAUAAGCAUGAUCUGAAAUUUGGCCCCUUUUUGCAUAUAAAGUGGCCUUUUAGCCCAUCUCCUUCAUGCCAUCCUGCAUCCAUUUAGUUGCUACAAGCUGGUGAGCUGUGUGUCAAAGAAGGCAGAUAAGAAGCUGUAGUACGUUCCAGUUUUCAAAGAGAGACAAACAGUUCAGUUGCCACAUCUGACCUUUAUUAAAAUAGAUACAUCCUACUGGGAAGCAUAUGCAGGAUUCUAACUAUCUGUUAAUUAUAGAACAACCCAUCUCUCCAUUGCUGUCCAAGCAUAAAAAGAUGAGAUAGUGUUUAUGUAAGAUUUGUAUAAAAUCAGUACCCCACUAUUGUGAGUGUCCCCUGCUGGGCUUCUAGCUUGAAUGAUUCAGUUUCCAGCUAAAAAAAAAUGUGUUCAUUCCCAAAGUUCACACUGACUAUAUGGAUUGCACAAUUGAUUUAUUAAAUAAGAAGAAUUUAAUAUGAAACAUUUAGAUUGUAAUGCACCAUAUUUUUCAAGGCAACCAGUUAGGUAACUAAUUUUUAAUUGAAGCAGUAAGUGAGAACAAAACCAAGAACCUAUAACAGAAAAAUCUACCAACACACAUCCUACACUAAUGAACCCUGGAAAGGGAGAAAAAACUAGAGAGAAGCCAGAAUAGAAGCUUUGCCUUAUAAAAAUCAGACCAAGAGGUCAAGAAGUGUGUUAUAUUGCUUUCAGCAGUAGUCUGUGCCUCAUGCUUCAGAGGAAGGCGAAAACUAUCAUAAUGCAAUCUUCCAGCUGUGCAAAAUAAUUUACAUGGGGUGGGGCAAGAAUUCCUUUCUGAUCCCCACAGUGCUGAGCAGAUGCCCUCAAAGAUAAGACAUGAUUUCCCUUCCCUUAGCCUGCAUUUCUACAUGUUUUAGUUUUUGAUAAUUUAAGAGAGGCCAAAGUUUUGAGUAUAUCAUGGCGAAAGAUUUGCUUAUUACCUAAGGUAGCCUGCCAGCACGACACUGACUAUAGAGCACAGGCCUAUCCUACCAAUGCUUUUAAAAGGGCGUCUGCGUGUGUUCCACUGUUAUCUUCUGGAGCUGGUUCACAAGCAAGGAGGUAAAACAAAAAUUCAGGUUAACUUCAUUUCCACUAUAAAUAUAGUGGUGGGGGGAUGGGAGGGAGGUUAGGUUUGCCUGCCUGCCAACAUUAGCCAGAUGGAAAGAAGGCAGUCAGGAGUAAAAUACAUUCAGUUCUAAGGCAAGCUACAAAAACAAAAAGAGGCGAAUUGCGGUGGUGGUGGUGGUAGAAACUAAAAGUUGUGUCCAAUCAAUCCUUCAGUGCUGGUGUCUCCUGCGACUGCUGUUCUGUCAACACUUCAGUGAUGAUGCACCUGCUACAGCUGAGCAGCAGUGGAGGUGAAUUUUGCUUGAUAUACCAAGCAUGUAAGGCAACAUCAAAGAGAUUAAGGAACUCCUUCAUUUGUCAGUACUGCACCAGCAGGAUGGUGUGGCAGACCUUUCUAAUUCCAUUUAAUUUUCAUUGUAGCUUUACCUAAUGAAAUAUUUAGAUCUAGAAAGAUAGUUGGCUCAGGGGAUUUGGUGAUGGAAAGAGGAGCCCCUCACCUUGAGGUUCCUGAUUUGGUUUGGGUUUUUUUGUUUUGUUUUUUUUUACAUCAGGUUUAGAUCGGUGAGGACCAGAAGUCAUGACUGUCAGAUGGCUUAAAGCUAUAUCAGUUGUUGCCUUUGGUGAAGAUCCAAUAGGCAGUUAUUGACAUGAGAGAUCACCAUCACCAGGGAGAGUUUUGGCAGAGGCUCCAAAGAUUGAAUGGAAACUGAAUUAUCCUGUAGGGUGAGAUUCAGACGUAGGCCUUGUCUACACUACUGGGGUCUAUUUGACACCAAGAGGCCUUCCACAACGGCCUAGUUCUGCAAGUGAUGGGCUCGGAGAACAGUGCUUUAAAGAGCUGGACACUGGAAGAGCCACCAUAUACCUUACCAACUGGACUCACAAUUUACCCAGCUGCACUGCAAGAUGGCAAGCUUGCCUCGGUCUUUGUGUAUAAAACAGAGAAUGAAGACACAGUUAAUAAAGCUGCCAAGCACCUGAAAACCUUGCGCCACCCUUGCCUUUUGCGCUUCCUCUCUUGUACCGUGGAAGCAGAUGGGAUUCACCUGGUUACAGAGCGUGUAAAGCCUUUGGAGAUGGUGCUGGAGAUGCUGUCCUCAGAUGAGAUCUGUGCAGGGAUCUAUGACUUAUUGCUCGCUCUCAUCUUCCUUCAUGACAGGGGAAACCUAACGCAUAACAAUGUCUGUUUAUCAUCUGUAUUUGUAAGUGAGGAUGGGCACUGGAAACUAGGAGGAAUGGAAACAGUAUGCAACCUUAACGAAGCCACCCCAGAGUUCCUAUGUGGUAUCAAGUCAGUGCGAGACCAGGCAGCCAUCCCUCCUGAAGAGAGGUCUGCAGAUUUCAAAAUUCUUCCUGACAGCCACGGACAUGCCCGGGAUGCCUAUUCAUUUGGAACAAUGGUUGAAAAUCUGCUGACAUUCUUAAAUGAUCAGGUUUCAGCAGAUAUUCUCUCCAGUUUUCAACAGACCUUGCACUGUACGCUGCUGAAUCCAGAUCCGAAAUGUCGUCCACCACUGUCCAGCUUACUGUCUCAUGAGUUCUUCAGGAAUGAUUUUCUGGAAGUUGUGAACUUUCUGAAAAGUUUAACCUUAAAGACUGAGGAGGAGAAAACUGAAUUUUUCAAAUUCCUGAUGGAUAAAGUGGCCUGUUUGUCAGAGAAGCUGAUAGCUUCACGGCUGGUGCCUCUCUUACUUAAUCAGCUUGUGUUUGCUGAGCCAGUAGCUGUCAAGAGUUUCCUUCCACAUCUGCUAGGUCCAAAGAAAGAUAAAAUUGGUGAAAGUGAGACCACCUGCCUGCUGUCACCAGCCCUCUUCCAGACGCACGUCACCCCUGUGUUGCUGAAGAUGUUUGAGGUCCACGAAGAGCAUGUGCGAGUGGUGCUGCUGUCUCACAUUGACGCCUAUGCGGAACUGUUCACACAGGACGAGUUGAGAAACAUCAUAUUGCCACAGGUGCUACUGGGCCUUCGAGAUUCCAGUGACUCUAUUGUUGCGAUAACACUGCAUGGCUUAGCGGUUCUGGUCUCUCUGCUUGGACCUGAAGUGGUUGUGGGGGGUGGAAGAACUAAGAUUUUCAAACGCUCCGCACCGAGUUUCACUAAAACUACGGACCUUUCGCCAGCAGACUCCCCAACUCACAUUAGCAACCAGAGAAGUCAGCUCUCCCAGCCCCUGCAGAACAACUCUUCCAGUGUGUUCCCCAAGUGCCGCGUUGCUGGAAACAUGUCUCUCAGCAGCGAGAAACAUGUGCCAAGAAAAGAUUCUCAGGUGGCCUUAAAGACAGUUGAACAAGACCCUCAGCUAUCCCUGAAUGGAGAUCCUGCUGCGAUGAAUACUGUGGGAAGCAGCAGGAGCCCUUUGAAUCCUUCUGAAAAGCCAGCAGAGGAAUGGCCAGACUGGACCGAGUCUGAAGAGCCUGAGACUCAGAAAACUGUGAACAUACAGCUCCGGCCUAUGGAGCCACAAGGCAGCACUGAGCCCUAUGUUGUUGUUCAUAAUGUGGACAAGGAACCCUCGGACAACUUUGAGCCCAGCAGUCCUGCUCCUGAACUGUUCUCAGGAAACAGCCUCAGUGUUACGAGAGCUGAUGGAGUCCAAGUGCAGAGGCCACUCUCUGGUGCCCUUCAGCUGAGCAGAGAAUCCAAAAGCUUCAAACCCAGUCCUCCCCCAAUGUCCAGCCCUGCGAAUUGCUGGAGCAAUGACAGCUGGGACCACCCAGACCAGCUGAGAGAAACAGCAUUCCUGGAAAAGUCUCCCAAGUCUCCAUGGGAGUCUGGCUUAGGAGAAGAGUUCACGAUCCAAGUGAAGAGGAAACCAGUGCGAGAUCCUGAGUUGGACUGGUUUGCUGACAUGACCCCAGAUAUUAAACCAUCUGCAGCUUUCCUGAUUUUACCUGAAGUGAGGACAGACUCGGUUGUUCUUAGUCACUUAAGUGCAGUUUCCAGUGGAGAGGAUACCUCCCAGAUAGUGCAGUUUUCAUCCAAAUUUGCAGCAGCUGAAGUCACUGAGGCUGAAACUGCAGGCUGGGGUGAAGAGGAAGAGGUGAACUGGGAAGAUGACACUAACUGGUGAUGGAUGGGGAAAACACAAGGGCAGUCUAUGGCCUAUUGCUUCCAGGAUGUGUUAGAUUAUUACCUCACCAACACUAUUUUACCAGGAAGGCAGGCGCUUGCCCCUGCAGUCAGCGAGAGCCCAAUGCAGCCUAUCUUCCUGUACCAGGAUGCUCCUUUUCCAGCCUGUACUGAAGCCAUAUGUACAAGUGAGGUGCAUAGCCCUGGCGAGUGGAAAUUGGAACAGCUUGAAUGGUUUGUGUGGUGGAGCUGAAAGCAUGAUUUAUACUCUUGUUUCAGGAAUCAUCACUGCUCUGGAAAACUCUUGAAAAUUGCAUUAGUUCAGAUAAAAAGAAAUGGCACAAACGUUAAUAAAAUUUAUUAGAAAAAUAAGCCAGAGUGGAGGGGCUCCUUAACUUUUUAGACUGUACAGUUUACUCUGAUGACCUAUUUAUUGCUGUUCUACCAGAAUGAAUGGCUGGGUGGGUGCAGUGUGCUAGGAGACCAUUAAAGGAAAGAGUAUUUAACACACAGUGUAUCAUAGCUCUAAAUUCACUGUGCUCUUUAACCUGACCAAUAAAGAUUAUUUUCAGAAGAUCA